AUGUACUUGUUUCUGCCGGAUGCCGUGGAUGGACUGCCAUCUUUGCUGGAUAAAGCGAGCUCUGUAUCUGGGUUUCUAGAAUGCCACCUCCCUACCUAUAUGGUUUCAACUGGCAAGUUUCUGAUCCCAAAAUUCCAAAUAUCUUUCCAGCUUGAAGGUUCAAAAGAUAUGAAGGAGCUUGGGGUGGUGGCGCCGUUCAACCCCAGUGGUGGCGCUCUUGCUGAGAUGGUGGAUUCAUCGGAGAGCUCCGAUCUCUAUGUUUCAAAAAUCUUGCAGAGAUCAUUUAUUGAGGUUAAUGAGGGAGGAACAGAAGCCGCAGCUGUUUCAUGUGCUCCACCGGCGGUUGGAUCAACUUGCAUGGUAGAGAAAGAAGAUAAAAUAGACUUUGUGGCUGACCAUCCCUUCUUGUUUGCCAUUCGAGAAGAAUUUAUUGGUGUCAUUCUCUUGGUUGGGACUGUGCUUCAUCCUCAUUAUAACUCAAAAACACUGUCUUCAAAAAUCCCACAAGCCUCGCGGCCCCCUUUGUUCUGGCGGCAUCCUCCCGGAUACUCUCCCAGAUGCUCUGUCAAACCUGAGCUUAAGGAGCUAUUAAAUGAGUAUUUUAUAUAUUUUAGAACUAGAAACUGA